AUGGCGGAAUACCCCAUCCCCUACAAUGGAACGGAGACCGGCACUGGAGGUGAUUCCAUGACGCAGGAUCUCAAUAUCUUCUACAGCUCCGGUGAUAUUGCUUGGGUCAUUGUGUCAACAGCUCUUGUUUUGUUGAUGAUCCCGGGUGUUGGCUUCUUCUACUCAGGCCUCGCCCGCCGAAAAUCAGCACUUUCCCUACUGUGGCUCUCCCUCAUGUCGGUCGGAGUCGUCUCUUUCCAAUGGUUCUUUUGGGGCUACUCGCUGGCCUUCUCUCACACAGCUGGGAAAUACAUCGGUGACUUGGAGAACUUCGGGAUGAAGGGUGUUCUGGCUGCACCCUCAGUGGGUAGCAGCAAGGUGCCGGAUCUUCUGUUUGCCGUGUUCCAGGGCAUGUUUGCUUGCAUUACUGUCGCUCUUGCGGUGGGCGCUGUCGCUGAACGUGGCCGUAUGCUUCCCUGCAUGGUCUUCAGCUUCAUAUGGACCACCGUCAUCUACGACCCUAUCGCCUGCUGGACCUGGAACACUUCUGGCUGGGUUAAUAAAUUGGGAGGUUUAGAUUAUGCUGGAGGCACACCCGUCCACAUUGCCUCAGGCUGCACAGCCCUAGCUUACUCUCUGAUGCUCGGUAAGCGUCGCGGACAUGGAACCCAUGAGCUCAACUACCGCCCGCACAACGUCACCCACGUGGUCAUCGGCACGGUAUUCCUCUGGGUCGGCUGGUUCGGGUUUAAUGCUGGCUCCGCCCUGAGUGCCAACCUGCGAGCCGUGAUGGCCGCCGUCGUGACCAAUCUCGCGGCCUCGAUGGGCGGCAUCACCUGGUGUUUGCUCGACUACCGCCUGGAACGCAAGUGGUCCACCGUGGGCUUCUGUUCCGGCGUGAUUGCCGGCCUGGUGGCCAUCACUCCAGGAUCGGGUUUCGUGACUCCCUGGGCAUCGUUCAUCUUUGGUGUCGUGGGUGCCGUUGCCUGCAACUAUGCCACCAAGCUCAAAUACCUCCUGCGCGUCGACGAUGCUUUGGAUAUCUUUGCCGUCCAUGCUGUUGGCGGCCUCGUGGGUAAUCUGUUGACUGGUCUCUUCGCUGCCGACUACAUCGCUCGUCUGGACGGCACUACGGAAAUUACAGGCGGGUGGAUCAAUCAUCACUACGUGCAACUGGGCUACCAGCUCGCCGAUUCAGUCUCUGGAAUGGCAUACUCGUUCUUCGGAAGUUGUAUUAUCCUCUUCCUCAUCAACCUGAUCCCUGGUCUUAGCCUGCGUGCUCCUGAGGAGGAUGAAAUCAUGGGCAUUGACGAUGCCGAAAUUGGUGAAUUCGCCUAUGAUUAUGUCGAAAUCACCCGUGACGUGAUCAGUGCUCCAAAUAGUGAAAACGGUGAUGUAUCAUCCAAGCGCACCGUGACGCCGACAGAAGGGCACGGAAUGAGUGUCGAGAAGACAGUUUAA